GAGAAGGCGCUGCGCAACCGGGAGUUGGUCCGCCGACACCGCAUCGGCUGCCGCCUGCAGUGCUCCUCCUCCGGGGACCCGUCCGCUGUGCCCCGGGAGUCGGGGGCCGUGCAGGACCUGAGCUUCUUCCACAUGGUGCUGGAGCGGGCGGCCUGUGUGCGGCGCUGUGAGGAGGAGCGGAUGGGAGCCCCGGCUGUGCGCUUUGGCAUCGGAGAGGAGCUGGAGCUGGAGUUUCAGCAAGAGGAGUCCCUACAACUACCUCCAGGUGGCCUACUUCAAGAUCCACAAACUAGACAAGGCCGUGGCGGCAGCACACACCUUUUACGUAGGGAACCCCGAUCACAUGGAGAUGCGGCAGAACUUGGAGUAUUACAAGAUGAUGGAGGGGGUGUCAGAAUCCGACUUCAAAGACUUGGAAGCCAAGCCUCAUAUGCAAGAGUUCCGCAAAGGAGUUGGCUAUUACACAGAUGAGGAGUAUGCCAUUUCCAUUGUCCACUUUGAAAAGGCCAUGGAGGAAUAUUUUUUUGCAGACCUUGAAUGUCGCAGUCUUUGCGAAGGACCCUAUGACUAUGAAGGUUACAAUUAUAUGGAUUACAAUGCA